AUGCGAUCGAUGACUACGAGUAAAUUAGGUAUAGUGAAUAGAUUAGUAUAUCAAUCUAUCAAUCAUCGAGAUGUCUAUUUAUCAUACCAUUUAGAUGAGAUUCACCAAUCUCUUAAUGAUCGAUUGAUCAUUAUCGAUUCAGACUUUGUACUUUAUCACAGUGACCAUGUAGAAUCGUAUAUGGUCGCAUUACUAGAUAUAGCAAGAGCAUUCAUUUGUCAUUCAUCAUCAUCAUCAUCAUACUAUGAUUCAUCUUUUAUCAUUCUCACAUUUAUUCAAUCAUUGUGUGAAACAUUUGGAAUGGCCUAUGAUGAAAUGGAACUAUAUCAAAUGAUCUUUAUUUGUUCAAUCAAAUUACAUUAUUAUGAUAUUGCCAAAGAAUAUGCAUCAUUAAUAUGGUCAUUUUAUAAUGAUUUAUAUCAACAUUUAAAUGAUAAUGAUAAUAAUGAUAAUGAUGAUGAAAGUGAUAUUAAUAAUAAUAAUAAUAUUGUAGAUAUUAAAAGAAUUAAAUUAUUAACUAGGUGUAUACCCUCUGAAUGGAAUUUAAUUCAUUUAUAUUAUUUGUAUUUAGAGGAUACUGCAAAUACACUAAAAUAUAUUAUUAAUAAUAGUGUCAACUCUUCUCCUCAAAAUAAUAAUAAUAAUAAUAAUAAUGUACAAUAUUUAUGUAAAUUAGCUGGUGCCUUGGAAGAAAGCAUUUCAAUUGGUUUCGAAUCAAUCAGAAAAAAGAUAUCUACAUUUUAUCAAUUAAUUGAUCAAUCUAAAUAUCAAGAUGUAACAACGGAUAUAUUAAGCGUACAAGAGAUGAAUGAAAUGGCUGGAUACGAUAUGGUGGUUGCAUUGGGUCACUUAGAGUUGGAGGUAUUAAAGAAUGGUGGUCAACAACAACAAAAAAUAAUUGAAAGAUUGGAUAUUGAUGUCAUUCUAUCAAUCAAAGAUUGUAAUUUUGUCAAAGCAUCUUUAAAAUUGGUACACAUUAUAGAAAUGGUUUCGAAAAAUGAUGAUGAUGGUCAUCAUGAUCAAGAAUCUAAAUUAAUUUUAAAUUAUUUAGAACGAUUUGACAAGUUGAUAGACAUUAGUGGUGGAUUGGUAGACACAGAUUUAAAAUUUAAAUAUCUUUAUAGAGUUGGAAUGUUAUUGGAAUCAACCACUAAUCAUAAAGAUAGAGGAUUAUCAUAUCUUUUAAAAGCAUAUGAUCUCUGCCCAAGACAACAACAACAAUUGAUCAAUUUAUUACCAACUUUAAUCAAUAGUCUUUGUAGUGGUAGGUUGGUUAAAGAAUUAGUAGACCUAUAUCAAAGUCAUAAUAUUGUAAUUGACUCUAAUCUAAUCAUUACAAAUCCCAACAAAGUGGUUGAUUAUAUCAAUUCUCUUCAACGUGCAGGUGAAAUAUUGGUAGAGUCAUGUGAAUAUAAAACGGCAUUUAAUCUAUACGCAUAUGUUUAUUCACUCCUAGAAACAUAUCCCUCCUCAUCCUCAUCAUCCUCAUCAUCCUCAUCCUCUUCUUCUCCAACGGCACAUCAAAAACAAUUGACUAGUAUUAUUGACAAGAUUUGUAAAUGUGCAAAAGAGUUGGGAGAGAAUGAUAUUUUAAACUCUUUUAAAAUCAUUCCGUCGAGUAUAGAUAAGAAACAAUCAAAAAAAUUAGAAAGACAAUUGAUCCAAGACAGAAUGGAAGAGGAAAUUAAAUCAUUGUAUAAAAUAAUUCAAGGAGAAUAUGAAAUGUAUAUUGGCCUAUUGGAAGAUACUCGGCAAGAUCUUGAAGUUGAUUCAAAGAUCUGUGUACAUGAAUCGAUAAAAAGAAGAAUCAAGACAAUUGGUAUUCUCAUUGAUAAUUAUCGAUAUUUUGUAAAUAGAAAACAACAAGAAAAAGAAGAUACAACAACAACACCGCUGACACUAAAGGAAUUAAAAAUAAUAGUAGACAUUGAAAAGAAAUUGGAUAUUUUUAUGAUGGAAAAGGAUGAAGAGUGGUUUGAUGCACUUUCCAUUUUAAAGCAAGCCGAUGGUAAUUACAACGCUGCAACAAAAUAUUUGGCACAUUCAAUUAGGGAUUUGAACAGCAGUGGUGGUUGUGACUCUAAUACAAUUAUGGUGUGUGAUAAUUAUUUGGAUAGAUUCAACAUGGUUGUUGACAGAGCUUGUAUUGGUUUUGAAAAAAUAGAAUGUUUAAUGGCAGUGGCUGCCCAUGUUUUGGAAAACUUUGGAAACUCUGUAAGAGCAUUAGAGUAUUUUGAACGAGCCUAUCAGUGUGCUAAACCCUGUCAACAUACCAUUGCAAAGAAUCAAGUCAUCAAAAUCUACUUGGGUUUAAUUAAAUGCCUUUCACAUUUGUCAUCAUCUCAAACAAUGUUGGAUAUGGAGAGAAUCAAAUGGUAUAGAGAAGAGAUGUUGCUAGUGGUAUCCAACUCUAAAGAGUCACUUGGACCAGAGAUUGAAUUUCAGGUCAUUUUGCUGUCAUUGGAAGCACAAGACUUUGACACUGCAAUCAAUAGAGUACUACUAGUUUUGGAUGAUUUGGAAAAGAAAAGGUUCCCAUUUGACGAUGAUAUUAUAGGCACUAUCUUAUUUAAUCUUCCUCCAACAUUAAAUCAAGAUUCGAGAAUAGAAAAUAUUCUAGACAUGCUCAAAAAGUUGACUGGAGUAGUGGAACAAGAGUCUAAGCAUUUGGGAGACUGUUAUUUGGUAGAGGCAGAAUAUUUUAUAAAUACUCGUCAAUUUGAAAAGGCAAUUAAGUCAUGUCAGGAUGUCAUUGGACUUCAUUUAUUAGAGGAUAGCGCUCAAAUAUUAUUGUCAAGGGCAACAUUGGCAAUGGAGCGAGUAGUUACACAGGUUGAUAAACAACAAGAUUUACAAGAGGAAAUAAUAGUAUUGCCAGUGUCACCACAACCCAAUCAAUUGGUUGAAAAUCAAGAUGAUGAUUUGGACAAUGAUGACUUUUUCUAUAUUCAAGAUACACCAAUUAGACAAGUUGAAUUGGAUUCUAAAUUCAUUUUAAUGUGCAAGGAUUUAUUACUUUCUUACAACAAAGAUCAAGAUCAAGAUCAAGAUCAAUUUAAACAAGAAAGGGAAUUUAUAGAAUUUGUAUUAAAUCAAAGUUUAGAGGCAAACAAGAUGAAAGAAAUCUAUAACCUAUUCAAUACUUUUAAUUGUCAAGAAAUGAAAAUACUAUUGGAAAACAAUCACCUCUACCAUAAAUUAUCAUUGAAAAUUGCAACUUGGUUGAUGAAUAUAGAAAAUUAUCAAGAAGCUAUAAAAUAUUUUGAUCAAGAGAAAUUGGCAAAUGAUUCCUCCCCCUCCUCUUCUUUUAUCUAUUCACAAUUAGAAUAUUGUCACUUAAAAUUGGAACAACAUGUAGAAGCAUUUAAAUAUUUUGAUGAAAGAAGAUCAAUAGCAAUGUACAAUAUUAUAUCAAAUCUUUAUCCUCAAAUAUUACCAUUCGAUUCAUUUCACCAACACCAAAUUACUUUUCAAGAAAUACAACAAAUGUCAACAUCUACCGACUCAACCUUUAUCAUUUACAUUGAACAUUUUUGUUUUAUUAUUGAUGAUAAAAUAAUUACAACUAGAGAAACAAAACAUAAAUCAACAAGAAAAUUAAAUAUUAAUAAUAAUAAUUAUAAUCAACAAGAGACAACAACAAAAAAUCAUUAUAGUUUUAAAGGUUCCAAUUUUUUCAAGAAUACCAAUAAUAGUGAAUUACUUUUGAAACUAAGGUUAUGGUAUCAAGAGUUGCUUCAACCAAUAGAUGAUAUUCUAGCAAAACUACCUAGUCAAAGAACAUUAUGUUUUGUUACUGACGAUGUUCUUGCAAAUGUUCCAUUCCCAGCUCUCAUUGAUAACAAUAGAAAUUAUCUUGUUGAAAGAUUUCCAAUAUCUCAUCUACCAUCAUUAUCAAUAUUAAAAAUUUUAUCAACUUUAAAACAAUAUCAACAACAACAACAACACAAUAUGAUUGAAAAUAAUAAUAAUGAAGAUAUUCUAAAAGUUGAACCUAAAGUAGUAUUAAUUGGAAAUCCAUUUGGUAGUGGAUUAGACUAUACAGAAAAUCAAAUUAAAUGUUAUCAAAGAUUAUUUAAAAAAUCAGGUUUAAAAACAAAUGUAUUAAUAGGAAAACAUGUAAAUAAUCAAAAUAUUAAAGAAUUAUUAGUUGAUGGGAUAGUAGAUCAUAUUCAUAUAUCAAGUAACGGGGAUUCAAUUGGAAAAGAGGAACAAUCACUUGUCAAAGGAUCAAUACAAUUAUCUAAACAACCAACAGAUGCAGAUACAUUUGAAUAUUUAUUUAUGGAGGAUAUGUUGGAUUGGGCAAAUCAAUCAUCUAUCAAAACAAUAUUUAUUAGUAGAUGUAAUAAUGGUCAAGGAAAUGGAGACAAGGGAGGAAUUGGGCUGAUAUGGUCUCUUUUGUGUACUGGUGCAUCUGUGGUUUCAGGUCAUUGGGAAUUACCAACAGAUUCAGAUUCGGAUUUGACAAACAAGAUUGUAGAAUGUUUUUAUGAUUGUUUGAUCAAUAAGAGAUUAACAAAUGCUCAAUCACUACAACGAGCACAAAUACUUGGUAUAGAACAAAAAAGAAAUCAUCCACGUCAUUGGGCUUCUCUCUUUUUAACUGGAUUUCCCAUUUAA